AUGCCGGCAAUGAACGAUUGGCUCCGCGACGACCUCUUCGGCAAAGAGCACGACCUCUGCACCGCAAUCACCUCCGCCAACCCCGCCCCCGCCGUGCUCAAGCUGUGCGCCCCCGACGCCGCCCUCAUGUUCCCCAAGAUGGACAUCAUCACGCCCGAGGACGAGGACGACUUCAAGGACGCCAUGAAGGCGCCCUUCCACCGCUUCGACGACUACGAGAUUGAGGACAUGCGCGCCCACUUCAUCGGCCUCAUGGGCGGCGUCGUCACGUACAAGAUCCGCGCGACCAGGGGCAAGGAGAAGUACAACGCCACGGCCUCGUCGACUUGGAACCAGGGCGCUGAUGGGGAGUGGCUGCUUGUCUCGCAUUCUGAGACGUUGAUGUAA